AUGGCUUCUCCCCGUCCUCCGCACAACUUCGGUCCGCAAGGCUAUCCUCUCCCCAACGGUGCUACUGGUCCCGUACCUGGCGCCACCCCUCUUCUGCCAAACAACGGCCGAGUCAUUCAGAACGGCCCCGUCAGAGUCCUGUGCAUCGCGGAUGUUCGAGGUAAUUUGAAGUCUCUGAAUGAGCUGGCCAAACAGGCCCGUGCAGAUCAUAUCAUCCACACCGGUGAUUUUGGUUUCUAUGAUGACACAUCGUUGGAUCGGAUCGCCGAAAAGACCCUUAAGCAUGUGGCCCAAUACUCUCCACUGCUUCCUGAAAAUGUGAAGCGGGCCAUCGCACAAACUCCUCCCCAGCAAUCCAUUAAGCAACGAUUCUCCCCCGACCAGCUACCCCUCUCAGAGCUUUCCAUGCUGCUCGACAAGCGGCUCACACUUGAUGUCCCUGUAUACACCGUUUGGGGUGCCUGUGAAGAUGUUAGGGUGCUGGAGAAGUUUCGUUCUGGAGAGUACAAGGUGAAUAACCUUCAUAUUAUCGACGAGGCCAACUCUCGCCUACUGGAUAUAGGUGGUGUCAAGCUUCGUCUGCUCGGAUUGGGAGGUGCAGUGGUUAUGCACAAGCUGUUUGAUAACGGCGAGGGCAAGACCACUAUUGCCGGUGGCCUAGGCACCAUGUGGACUACUUUGCUGCAAAUGGGUGAGCUAAUUGACACAGCGAACCGUGUGUACGACCCAUCGGAAACUCGUAUCUUCGUCACCCAUGCGUCACCUGCGCGUGAGGGAAUGCUUAACCAGCUAUCUGUGACCCUGAAAGCUGAUUUCUCUGUUUCUGCCGGUUUACAUUUCCGCUACGGCUCGUCCUAUAACGAAUUCUCCGUGAAUCCCUCAUUGGACCACUAUCGAGGCAAGCUGGCCGCAUCGAAGGCUUCCUUUAACGAUGUUUGGGAAACGGUGCGCGGCGAGGUCGAGGCUGCAAUUGCCUCUAACGAAGCCCAAAAGACGCUCUUGGAUAAUGCUCUCGAUGUAGUGCAGAAGAUGCCUACUAUCGCUAACGGUGGGAACCCGUUCGGCGGACCUACUGGCCCCGGAAACGCAGCUGGUCAGGUCGACGAAAGUGCUUUCAAGAACAUGUGGAACUUCAACCUUGCAGAUGCAGCAUUUGGUUUCCUGGUCCUUGAGAUCGAAGCCGGCCGCAUCGCGACGGAAAUGCGCGCUCAGGGUUUCAACUUCGCACACCGCGGCGGUAAGCCUCCUGUGCCUGCCGUUGCUGGACAGCCCAAUCCUCCCGUGCCUACCGGUACCCCUGGUGUGGCCUCCCCGGCAGCCCGC